AUGGCGAGCCAGCCGGUUGCCGUCAGCCACAAGUCAGCUGACCAGUCCGAUGCCGAUGCCGAUUUGCAGCCACAAGAGAGCUGGUGGACCUGGUUGCUCCAGAUGGCCUGCCUGAACAUGGUGAUGAUCAUGUGGAACACUGACAACAUGGCGCUGCCAGCGGUGUACACCGAGAUCGCCAGACACUUCAACCUCUCACCAGGUGACCUCAGCAAUUUGGGACUGGUGCGGGGCAUCUUCGAGUCCCUCUUUGCCCUGCCCGCGGGCUUCCUGGCGGACCGCCUCCCGAGACCCCAGCUCAUCUUGGCCGGCUCUGUCAUCUGGGCGGCGGGGCUCAUCGGCUGCGCCUUCUCGCCGGAUUUGCUUUGCAUGACCCUCUUCCGGGCUGUGAACGGCAUUGGCCUUGGAAUCGUCCAGCCACUGCUCUUCAGCCUGGUGGCGGACAAGAGCGGCACUUACGGACGCGGCAAGGCCUUCGGGUGCUUGAUGUUCACGGGCCAGCUGGGCCAGACCGCCUUCACCGCCUUCACCACCACCGUGGCCAGCACGCAGGUGGGCAGCAUCGCGGGCUGGCAAUUCGCGCUGAUUGUGAUUGCCAUCCUAAGCGCAUUUGUCGGAGUCGCAGUAGGCAUCUUUGUGAAGGAGAGCAAGGAGAGGGAUGAACGCACAAUGCUGGAGAUCAUCGUCCAGGAGACUCCAAGGCUUGGCAAGAUCUUUUGCGUGCCCACCUUCUUGGUAAUUAUCGGCCAGGGGGUCUUCGGCACCGCGCCCUGGUUCGCCUUCAGCUAUUUGACCAUGUGGCUGGAGCUGAACUGUUUCUCCAACCAGCAGGCCGCGACGAUCUAUGCCUUCUUCAAUAUUGGCACUGCCUUUUCCAGCAUCAUCGGGGGCUUCUUGCUGGACAUGGUCUUCAGGCGCUGCCCAGAUCAUGGGCCUCCGACGAUCUGCCAGUUCUCGGUGGGCAUGUCCAUCCCGCUCUUCGCCUUCAUCCUCUUCGGGCUGGGUGACAUGGAUAUCGGCACCCCCGGGCUGUUUGGCUUCUACUGCGCGGCCUUCCUGAUCACCGGCAUCCUCAUCGCCUGGAACAUGGUCAUGAACAACAAGAUGUUCAGCGACGUGGUGCCGGCCAAGAGCUACAGCUAUAUUUAUGCGCUGGACCGGUGCAUUGAAGGUACUAUCGGCGCCUUUGGCCAGCCAGCAGUGGGCUGGCUCACGGACAAGGUCUUCGGCUUUGAUGCGGAGAGCGCCAACCAGAAGGCGUGCUCGCCCCAGGACGCCCACAGCCUGGCGUCAGGUGUGUUCUGGGUCUCCCUGGUGUCCUUCUCGAUGUGCUUCUUGUUCUACUGCCUGGCGCACUGCACCUAUCCCAAGGAUCGUCGUGCGGUCGACCUGCAAGAGAAGCUGGAUGUGGGCGUGAUCUAA